AUGGCUUCAUCAUUAUCGUCAACAACUCCCGAUUUCGAACAUUUUGGUCACAAACUUUAUUCGACUGUCAGUCAAAAUAAGAAUAAUCAAAAUGUAUUUCUUUCACCAGCAAGUAUUGCUCUUGCUAUGUCAAUGUGUACAGUUGGUGCUCGAAAAGAAACAUUAGAUCAAAUGUUACAUGUUCUGGAUGCAUCAUCAAUAGACGAUUUAACAAAAACAGCUGAAAAAAUUAUGCAUGUAUUUUCUAUUGCUGAUCAUGAUAAACAAGUUCAACUUAAAUUAGCUAAUCGUCUUUAUGCACAAAAAGCAUAUAAAAUUCAACCAGAUUAUUUAAGUCUUGUUCAAAAUUCUUUCAAAGCUGAUAUUAAACUUGAAGAUUUUGAAAAUGACAGCGCUCAUGCUGUUCAAACAAUAAAUACAUGGGUUGAAGAACAAACUAAUAAAUUAAUUCAGAAUUUACUGUCGAAAAAUGAUGUUACACGUGAUACACGACUAAUCAUUGUUAACUU